CACACACGAGACACUCACAGCCUGUUUACUAUGAAGCUAAAAGAAGGCUAGAAACAGAUUUACUGCCCUGGUUUUGCUGCAUUUCUAUGCUCGUGCAGCUCGUUUAUCAAAUACAAACUCAUAAAAUCAAAUAUGGCUGAACUGAAGAGAUGAAAAAAGAGACCUGUCAUCUGCUGAAAGAUAUCUCAGUUGACCUUUUGUUCUCCUUCCACAGCGCUAAUCAAACCUCGAGGGUUUGAGACGCUCUUACAGCAGGAGGAGAGAAGAUGAUCCGAUGGGAUUGAUUAAAACUCACUGAGCUCAGAGUGGCCUAAAGGUCAUGGGGUCGUUCACACUGGGGAAAGCGGCACCGCUGGAGCUGCUGUUAGACGCCUGUAUCACUGCGUUCGAUGAUGAAGGAAAACUAAACGGGAAUCUCCUUCCCCGAACGUUCCUGCUAAUGCACCGAUGGUAUGUUUCAUCUACGGAGCUAGCGGGAAAACUCCUCAGCAUGUAUCGGGACUGUACUGGAGACGACCGCGAGCGAACCAGGCUGAAGAUCUGCUAUUUAAUGAGGUACUGGAUCGUCGAGUUCCCCGCUGAGUUCGAUCUAGAUCUCGGUCUAAUUCGACUGACGGAGGAGUUUAGAGACGUAGCGGCGCAGCUGGGCUGUGACCAACACCUCCGCCUGCUUGACAUCUCCACCAUCCCAUCAUACGACUGGAUGAGGAAGCUGACACAGAGGAAGAAGCAGGUGAAGAAGGGCAAAGCGUCGCUGCUGUUCGAUCACCUGGAGCCGAUGGAGCUGGCCGAGCACCUCACCUUCCUCGAGUACAAAUCCAUCCGCAGGAUAUCAUUCACAGACUAUCGGAGCUACGUGGUGAACGGCUGUGUGAUGGAUAACCCCACACUGGAACGUUCCAUUGCUCUGUUUAAUGGCGUGUCUCAGUGGGUGCAGCUGAUGGUCCUCAGUAAACUCACACCACAACACAGAGCCGACGUCAUCAGCAAGUUCAUCCACGUGGCCCAGAAACUUCUUCACUUGCAGAACUUCAACACACUCAUGGCGGUGGUCGGGGGUUUGAGUCACAGCUCCAUCUCACGCCUGAAGGAAACUCACGCACACCUCAGCGCUGAUGUCACCAAGGUGAUCUGGAGUGAGAUGACGGACCUGGUGUCGUCGAAGGGGAACUACAGCGCGUACCGUAAAGCCUACAGCGAGUGUGAGGGGUUCAAGAUCCCCAUCCUGGGCGUGCACCUGAAGGACCUGAUCGCCGUGCAUGUGGUUUUUCCUGACUGGAUCGACGAGAGCAAACUGAACCUGGUGAAAAUGCAGCAGCUCUACAUCACGUUUAAAGAGCUGAUGACGUUACAGAGCUCAGCGGCUCACGUCGAGCCCAACAUGGACCUCAUCUACCUGCUGGCUCUUUCACUGGAUCUCUACUACACUGAAGAUGAGAUUUAUGAGCUGUCUUUACUACGAGAGCCACGAAACACCAAAUCUGUGCCUACUUCUCCAACCACGCCGAAUAAAACUCACGCUCCUCUGGACUGGGCUUCAGGAGUGACGACUAAACCCGAUCCUUCAGUCGUCAACAAACACAUCCGCAAAGUGGUGGACUCCGUGUUCCGGAACUACGAUCACGACCACGACGGAUACAUCUCCCAGGAGGACUUCGAGAGCAUAGCGGCCAAUUUUCCUUUCCUGGAUUCUUUCUGUGUGUUAGAUAAAGAUCAGGACGGCUUGAUCAGCAAGGAUGAGAUGAUGGCGUAUUUCCUGCGCGCUAAUCCUGUGCUGCAGUGUAAAAUGGGGCCGGGUUUCAUCCACAACUUUCAGGAGAUGACGUACCUGAAGCCCACCUUCUGUGAACACUGCGCUGGAUUCCUCUGGGGGAUUAUUAAACAGGGCUACAAGUGCAAAGACUGUGGUGUUAAUUGUCAUAAACAGUGUCGAGAGUUGCUGGUGCUAGCGUGUAGGAGACUUCCGCGCUCCACCUCGCUCUGCAGCGUCUCCCCCGGAGCUCACAGCUCGUUACCCAGCAGCCCCACCCUGCCCACCUCCAAAGGUGAAGACGAGGUGUUCGAGUUUCCCGCCGUGUCGCCUUCAGGUUCUCAUUCAGAACCCAAAUCCAUCACUCUGAUGACGGGUUCUGCUCAGAGGAUCUCCGUUCGCUUCCAGAGAGCCACGACGAGUCAGGCCACUCAGACUGAUCCCCUGUGGCCCGAUAACGCCUGGAGCGAGUCCGGCUCCGGAUCACACACUUUCCCCAAGAUGAGGUGCAGGCCACAUCGCAAAAACUCUAAAAACAAAGGCUUCGCUCGCUGGGAAAACGAGACCAGCGGCCACGAGAGGAGAGAAUCGUACAAGCAACUGGAGGAGGAGGAAAGAAACGGGGUCACGCCUUUGCAUCGCCAUUACACCCAGGAUGCCAAGAUCAGCUGACUUGCUGGCUCAGAGGGCCAGAUCAGGACGCGGGGGAGAUCUUCAGCUCGGCGGCCCAGAAUGCUCUCCUCUCUGGGG